CGAUUAGAUGAAAUUGAUGAGAUAACCGGACGAAAUAAUAAUAAGUGGAAAAUUGAAAUUUUCGUAAAUAAUGAAAUUUUUAAUGAUUAUAAUGAAAAUUAUACAUUAAGACAAAAAACAAAAAUUACCAAGAUGAUAAAAUAUAUUGGUCAAACAAAUAUGAUGUUGAAACAAAAAGUUCAAGAAUUUUAUGCAAAAUGGAUGAAUAUCGAAUUAGAUGUUGAAACUAUCAUACAAGAAACAAAACCUAAAAAUAAAUCUAUUUUCACUGAAAAGGGAUGGAAUGUAAUUGAAUAUUGGAGUACAAAUU